AUGUCACAACAACCCUCACCCACACCAACCGAUAACAACUCCUCCACACGAAAGAAGUUCAUCAUCUUUGACAUGGGUGGUGUAUUGAUCUCCACAGAUUUCAAUAAUUGUCUUAAAACUAUUUAUAAUGAGAAUCAAACGACUUUUCAACAACAUCAACCCAAUGCAACGACCGUUGAAGAUUUGCUCGAGUUGGUGAAAAAACAAUUCUCUCAAUAUAAAAUCGGUGCCAUCACAGAGGAUCAAUUUUGGGGAGUGUUUUUUGAAAAGUACUUCAAUCAUCAACAAUAUUAUUUACAUGGUCAAUUAAUUACUUUGGAAUAUCUCAAAGAACAAUUCCGAAAAGAAUUCAUCAUUCCAUUCUAUAAUGGUCUUGCUCUCGUGGAAGAAAUUCGGGACAAACAAAAGAAGAAUCAAACGCAACUCUCGAUCGGAAUUAUGAGUAAUCAUUCUAAAGAAUGGUUUCCAUAUUGUGUGGAGCGAUGGAAGUUGGAUACACUUUUCGUUGAGCCUCUGUUGAUAGUCAAUUCAAGUGAUGAUGAUGUCCAGUGCGGGAAACCAAAAUUGAAAAUUAUGGAACAAUUAAUGAAUAGAAUUAAAAAGGCUGGAUAUGAAGAUGCAGUGCCUUCCGAUAUUGCUUUUAUUGAUGACAAACAAGCCAAUGUGGAUGCGGCUAUUCAAUACGGAAUGAAAGGUAUUUGUUGGCAUGGAAAGAAGCAGCACUUGAAUGAAUUGAUUCAAGCAUUACAAAAGAUUGGUUUCCUUUAUUAA